AUGCCUAACUAUGUGAAGUUUCUGAAGGAUAUUUUAACUAAGAAGAGGAGGCUUGGUGAAUUUGAAACGGUGGCUUUGACGGAAAGUUGUAGUGCUAUACUGAAAAAUAAAAUUCCUCCCAAAUUGAAGGAUCCGGGCAGCAUCACAAUCCCUUGUUCUAUUGGUGGUAGAGAUGUUGAUAGAGAUGUUCCUAUUAUCUUGGGUAUGCCAUUUCUAGCUAUUGGGAGGACCUUGAUUGAUGUACAAAAAUGGGAGCUUACUAUGAGGGUGAAUGACCAACAAGUGACUUUCAAUGUGUUCAACGCUAUGAAGUUUCUAAAUGAGAUUGAGGAAUGCUCUAGGCUGAGUGUAAUUGAGUCAAUUGUCGCUGAAAAAUUCCACAAGGAAGCUUUUAAAGAUGGAAUGGGGGUGAGGUCACAUGAAGAGCUUGAAGACUUAAGUGAAAGGGAAGAAAGCCAAGUUACAGGGGUUGAGUCAAAGCAGCCCUUUGCUAAAUUUAGGAGGCCUUUUGAGUCAUUGAACUUUUUGGAAGAGAAUUUUAAGCCUCCUAAGCCCUCUAUUCAAGAGCCACCGAAAUUAGAGUUGAAGCCUUUGCUUAGGGACUUGGAGUAUGCUUACUUAAGAGAUAAUGAGACUUUGCAUGUGAUUAUUUCAGUCAUGUUAGGAGCUGAAAAAGAGAGUUUGUUGCUGGCUGUUUUGAAGAAAUAUACAAGGGCCAUCGGUUGGACCAUGGCAGACAUUAAGGGUAUAAGUCCCUCAUUUUUUAUGCAUAAAAUUUUGUUGGAGGAUUUCUGUAAUAAUUUUGUUGAGCAGCAGCAAAGGCUUAAUCCUAUCAUGAAGGAAGUUGUUAGAAAAGAGAUAAUUAAGUGGCUUGAUUAUGGAAUUGUUUACCCAAUUUCAGAUAGUUCUUGGAAGGAUGCCGUUUGGGUUGUGCAAUGCUCCCGCCACUUUCCAACGUUGUAUGAUGGCGAUAUUUUCAGAUAUGGUGGAAAGUCUCUUGAAGUCUUCAUGGACGAUUUUUUAGUAUUUGCUCUGAAGUGGUCUCUUCCCUUUGAAUUGAUGUGCGAUGCAAGUGAGUUUGCUGUGGGUGCCGUACUUGGGCAGCGAAAAGAGAAGAUCUUUCAUUCCAUUUAUUAUGCAAGCAAGACAUUAGCCGAUGCUCAAUUAAACUAUACCACUACCGAGAAGGAACUCUUGGCGGUGGUGUUUGCUUUUGAUAAGUUUGAAGCUUAUCUUGUGGGGACUAAAGUGGUGGUUUACACUGAUCAUUCAGAUAGAAAAGGAACGGAGAACCAAGUGGCUGACCAUUUAUCAAGAAUUGAAGCUGGAAGUGAAAAGCAAAAUGAAGGUCCUAUUAAAGAGACAUUCUUCAAUGAGCAAUUGUUGGUUGUGAACCAAGUCACUACACCAUGGUACACUGAUUUUGUCAACUAUUUGGUGAGUGGUUUUCAACCACCUAACUUAAAUAGGCAGCAGCUCAAGAAAUUAUUUCAUGAUGUAAGAUUUUAUUAUUGGGAUGAGCCUUAUUUUUACAAGCAAUGUCCAGAUCAAAUCAUGAGGCGUUGUGUGCUUGAGGAUAAAGUUUCCAGCAUACUAGAGCAUUGUCAUUCAGCUCCUUAUGGUGGACAUUUUGGUUGGCAAAGGACAGCCACUAAGGUUUUUCAAUCGGGGUACUAUUGGCCUUCUAUUUUCAAGGAUGCUCAUGAAUUCUCUAACAGAUGUGAUCACUGCCAACGUGUUGGAAAUAUUUUAGCAAGGAGUGAUAUGCCUUUGAAUAGCAUCCUUGAAGUGGAAUUGUUUGAUGUUUGGGGAAUCGACUUCAUGGGGCCAUUUCCUCAGUCAUUUGGAAAUUUGUAUAUCUUGGUGGCGGUUGACUAUGUUUCUUAG